GCAGCCAUCCUCUGCAAAUUCGAAAAAAGUGACAGCCGCUUCGGUAAAGUAAGUUUUCCUGACGAAUUAACGGCACGAACGAAUGACUUGAAUAUUUCAUUCAAAUUGACUAUAUGGAUCCAAGAAUUGCUUGGUAUCCGCCGGAACAGUUAGGAGUUGCUCAUGAUGUGUGGACAAGGAUAAUUGAGGCUCAGAUAGGCGUUGAUAACAUGUCUCUCAAUAACUCUAACCCUAACUUGGAUCAUAAGCCUGCCGAGUUUAUUCCUCUUGAUAUAACGAACAAUUUUGACCAUAAGUCUGCUCCGACGAAUCGACAGAAUAGUAUCCAUAAUCAGGAAAACAGUUUCAAACGAAAAAGAGACAAUCGUGCCAGUACAUACGGUUUGAACCAUUCGUCGUACAAGCAUUUAUUAAAGGAAGAUGGCGGCCUCACCCCUUGGAAGCCCAAGAAAAAGAAAUAUCAACCAGAUGUCAUUGGUCUGCAUGAGGAAAUCAAGGAUUUCUUCAUGUACAUGUCUCCAACACAAGAGGAAGCCAACAUGAGGGCAGAGGUCGUACAGAGGAUACGGUCGGUGGUCAAGGACCUCUGGAAAGAUGCUUCGGUUGAAAUUUUUGGCAGCUUCAAAACGGGCUUAUACCUACCCACAAGUGAUAUAGAUCUGGUUGUGUUUGGGAAGUGGAAAUCUCCUCCUCUGUUCAUGCUACAGAAAGCACUCCUUGACAAGGGCUACACUGAUCACGCCUCGAUCAAGGUGUUGGACAAGGCUUCCGUCCCUAUAGUCAAACUCACAGACCUGCAGACCGACAUCAAGGUGGAUAUCAGCUUUAAUACCAAGAACUCGGUGGAAAGUGCUACACUGAUCAAGAACUUCAUGGAGCAGUUCCCAAACCUGAAGUACCUGGUGUUGGUGUUGAAGCAGUUCCUUUUACAGCGGGACCUCAACGAGGUGUUUACUGGUGGUAUUAGUUCCUACAGCCUCAUCUACCUGACUGUCAGCUUCCUCCAGCUUCAUCCCCGCUACGAUGCCACAAGUCCAGAAGCAAAUCUCGGAGUACUGCUGAUAGAAUUCUUCGAACUUUAUGGAAGGAACUUCAACUACAUCAACACCGGCAUACGCAUCAAGAAGGGUGGAGCCUACAUCAGGAAGGAGGAGAUACAGAAGAGCAUGGAUAGCGGCUACAGGCCAUCCCUUCUUUGUAUAGAGGAUCCCCUCACAGAGGGUAACGACAUUGGUCGUAGUUCGUAUGGUGCUAUGAAAGUCAAACAGUCAUUUGAGUAUGCCUACCUAGUCAUGACGUACACUGUGAUGCCACAGAACAGCCACAUACUCCGACCAAAUCACAGUAUACUGGGUAGGAUAGUUCGAGUAACCGAUGAGGUGGUAGACUAUCGAAAGUGGAUCAAGGACACCUUCCCCAUCUUCAUCGCUAACAACCCCAUGAUACAGCCUAGCCCUGACAACCGCAGCUGUAACAGCGACUCGAAAAACAACAAUACUAGCAAUAACCUGAACAACAACAACAACACAACACGCAGCUAUGCUAGCGUGGCCAACAGCAGUCCAAAACAUGGCACAGAGGCUGGAGAUGUAAAAAACAGACAAGGCAAUGGUAGUGUGAAGGUCUCCGAAGGUCCUAUGGAAUCUAUUGAGCAGUCGGACUCUAGCUCGCCCUACCAGUCCUCUUCUACCUCCUCCCCCAACAACAGUUGUAGUUCCAGCCUCACCAGUGACACAGACUCCGAGCCCGACCCUCAGCAUCAGCAAGAACCAGUCAAGAACACAACAGUCCAGCCCACCACCACCACCACGACUACCACCACCAAGUCCAGUCCCCGCUCCGCCACCGUCGCCACCCGUGAGUUUGUGCGAAGUCGAGACUACAGUAAGCAGCAUGGUGGCGGUCCAAGCAAGUCGCGGGAUGCCAGCUCUAGCAGUGUGUCGUCCACACGUUCCAACAACAGUUCCUAUACUCCACGGGGCACACCCAGUAAUACACCAGCUACGGUGCCCAAUCAUGAACACUCGGUGGUGGAGGCCGUACCAAAGUAUGCACCCCAAAACACCGCUGGCCCGGCGGGUCACACAGGACAUUCUAGUCAGUCUGGUUCCCAGGGUGGCGGCCCUGGGGGUAAAGGGAACCGCUAUCCCCCCGGGGGACACCAGGGCAGCAAGGUGUACUGCCGAUCUCAAGGCAAGCGCCGCAAAAACAGUGUCGGUGGCGGCAGUGUAGGACAAGGUCAGGGUUCACACACGUUACAUUCAGGUGGCCCUAGUAACAAUUACAACAGAGGAGGCAGUGGCCGUAGAGAUUUCAACCAAAAUAACACCAACAGUGCCAGGUAACGCUGGCCUUCUCGAGAGUGAGUGCAUGAAGAGUAUAGACUAGCGACAGAAUUUUCGCGUGUGAAAAUGUGCUAGUAUAUAUAUUAUAGGUAUAUCUACGUUUGGAUGAUUCAUGUUGAUGAAAGUGUUUGCGUGCGAGAAACAAAAGUUGUGUGCACAGGAGAAAAUACAUGGAGUUCACUCAAACUGAAAACUCCUGAACUAUUUCUUCAUGUGUAUUUCACAGAACCAUGUGAUAUCUGCGACAGACAUUGUGAUAUCUGUACAUAAUCAACUGACAUUUUCUCUCAAUCCCGUCUACAUGUGAGUGAGCGAAUGUACCGACCAGGCCUGGUUGUCUGCAUUGUCCCAAACAAUCUACAACCCUAAACUAACCCCUAAACUAAGUGCCACAGUUUUUAGGCUGUUGACAACUUUUGGGUUUGGACGCAGGAUCCAGUUCUCUUUGACUGCCGUGAGUUUAGAUGUGGGAUCCAUUUUUAACUCCACCGUGAUCGUGGAUGAAGGAGCAAAAACCGUGGGAUCCAGUUCUAGGUGAAUGCUGUGAGCAGAGAUGCAGGAUAACGGUCUCCCGAGUGUUGCGAUCAUAGACGUGAGAUCCCGGUUUCCAUGAAGGAUCCCGUGCAGAUGCAUUUGUAAAUAUGAAAGCAAAACUGUCGCACGAGUUGUGUUCAUCAGAUUCAAAUGACAACACUUGAGAAAUCCACGUGUUCGUUAGAUGGUGUAGAGUAGCGAGUGUUCACGAUCUGUCCUCAUCCUAGACUGGGGAAGGUUUCGCCACAGUGCAAUGUUUUUGAAGAAAAAUAUCAAAAUGAAAAAAAUGGCUCUGUGCUAUUGUCACAGAUUUUGCAAAAAAAAAACCACCCAAAAAAACAAGAACAACAUAAGCAAGUGAAGACAAUACAUUUUAUUUAUGCAUAUCCUGUAUCCCGAGUAAUUGAUCAUUAAUGGCAGCAUAUUAAAGACGUCGUACUCCGUAAGUCGUGGCAUAAGUGGGGGAGAGAAAGUAUUCUAAAUUAUCAUUAUCAGACUGUUGAACAGCAAUGUUGAUUGAAUGAGGUACUGGUUAAUUGCGUACCAGAAUAUAUAUUGGUGUGGAGCCAGGUUUGGGUGAUUUCCUAGACCACUUGUGUACAUGUAGAAGAGUGUUGCUGAGAAAGUCUUGGACACUGUGAAGAACUUGCGUUUUGCAGAGGUUCUCAUUUCGUUGUAUUAGCAGCUUAGAAAAUUUGUGUGGAUUGUGAAUGCUGUAUCAAGAAGAAAAUCACGAAAGUUUGACUGCCAAAUUUAAGCAAUGUACAGUAUAAAGAUAAAAGCUCAUGUGAAAUAUUGAGCCAAGUACUUGCAGCAUAGAUGAAGAUGCUGGUUUUUUUUUCCCCUUAACCCAUUCACCCCUGAAAUUUCGUAAUGAACUAAACCAACCUUUAAAUUGGAAGAGUUCAAAUGUGUCUUCAGGGGUGAAUGUGUUUAAGUAGCUAUAAUUUUGUAUAUUUAGACAGAAAUCAUGAAUCAUGUAUAUUUUUAAUGCUUCUGUUUAAAAAUCCAGUAAUUUUAGCUAAAGUUUGUCAACACCAGUUUUAUGUCUUUCUGCAAAUUUUGAAAUCUGUUAUAUAUACCAAUUGAUCAUUAUGUAUUCAAUGUACUGUAGCCAUUGUUUAAAUUCAAGAUUAUUUUUUUCCCCCAAAGCCGACUCAAUCUGGAAAACAUUGAGUAAAUUUAUCUUUUGUUUUAUACAUAAUUUUAAAUAUUUUUAUAUUUUGAAUGCGGAAAUUUUACACAUGAUUCUGGAAUUUUGGAUCUCCAAAAAAUGAAUUCAUUUAUGUACAGUUUAUCCCAAGUUGUGAAUUCAUUCCAAGUUAAUUCAUGUAAAUAAGCAGGAUACUAUUUUGUCAAAAUGAUUAAGGCAUUAAGUUUAAGAUUUAAUAUGUUGUUCUACUUGAAAAUAAGGUUUUUGAUGAAAGAUCUAGAGAGAAAAAAGGUUACCGGACUAGCGACACCUUUUUGUACCCCCAAAAAAAAAAAAAUCACAAAAAAGAAAAAUGGCAAAAAAUGUUGAAAAUAUUUAAAUACAGAUUUUUUUGAUUUUUUUUUACAGAAUAUCUCUAUCAACAUGUACAUGUAUCAGUAUGUUAAUGGGAAAAGUUGUGUAAUUGAGGAAACAAUUAAAGAUUGGUCUAGCAUGUAAAUACACAAUUAGAUUUGGAAAUGCAUUAGACUUGAUUCAUGUAUUGUUUUUAAAUAAAAUUCAUGAAAGUUUGUAGGGAAAUUGUAUUUCCUUUUGAUUCAAACUUGUUUAGAUUCAGAUGGAAAAACUUUUUUUAAGACAAGGAUCUCAUUGUAUAGGAACACGCGGUAGUGUUUUGAUGUCUCCAUAAUAUAAAUUGUAUAAGUCUAUAUAUAUAUAUAUAUCAUAUCUGAUCUCCAGCCAGACAAAAAAAGAUUGUGCAAUUCAAUUAUAUAUCAUCUGUGAGUGUUAUAUGACAUGAAAAUCACUGAUAUUAAAAAAAAAGGAAGAUAUUUGUAUACCAUAAAUCAAUCUACAGUUUUGACAUGCUUUGUUGUUUCGUAAUAUUGCAGGUGAGGCAAGGAUACCUGUAUGUAUCUGAAUGUGGCGUGUGAUUAUAAUUACCUGAAUGAAUGAUCGAAAAGAAAUUGCGCAAUAAUGCAUUUUGGGAAUGAAAUAUUAGCAGUGUAUGUCUAACAAGAUCGUUUAAUUAUGCAGUUACCUAUCAGUGGAAAUAGUCAUCGGAAAGAAGCAUUCUUAUAUUAUUUAUUUUAAUUGAUUCAUUUAUUAACAGACCUUGCCGUUGUCAAAAUAUGUUUUAAAAUCUAAAAGAAGGGCUUUGGUGAAAAUAGGCCAAAUGUAAAAUUAAAUCUAUGUGAAUAUUGAUUAAUGAAAGAAACGUUAUGUAUCAAACAUUUGAAAGCAAAGUCAAAUUGAAAAUGGUAUUUUUCUGUUUUCAAUAGCUCUGUAUUCUUGCGUGUCUCAAGCUCCAUCAGUGUACUUGUUACCAGCCUAGUAUUAUAACGGUGCCAAUUAGUGUAUAUAUAAACUCAUUGUGUUAAUUUGGGCUGACGAUUGGUUGAUAUGUUCCAUUUGCAUUGUGUUGCCAAUUUAUCCAAGGCCAAAGCGAAACAUUGGAAAUUAUUACACCUGGGAGGGGGUAGGGGGGGAUGGAGACAAAAGCAGUUGUCUUUUAAAACAUAACUUGUCUGACUAAUAUGCAGACAAUAUAUUUAUAUAUAAUAUUUGUGUUGUGUUCAAUAUGUAUUCAAGGCCAAAGUGAAAUAAUGAAAAUUAUAAAAAGUGGGGAGAAAAAUUUAAAUAAAACAGUUGUAUCUUAAAACGUGGCUGGUCGGUAGUAGAUCCUAUAUGUUUCGGCUAAUUAGACAGCUGUUUGGUGAAUAAUGAUGGUCAGUGAAGUGUACAAUUUUUGUGAUAUAAUUAUUAAUACUUCAUGAUAAUGUUGAUGCCUUCUGUUUUUGUUUACAACAAAAAAAAAAUCUGUUGAUACUUUGUGAUGAAUUGUUGUUAUGACAUCAUGUUGCCCCCCCCAUUUAUUGUGUUCGUAUUUAAUUCUGUCGCAGACUACAUUGAUAAUAGUAGUUGUAUGGUUACGGCCAAGUCGUUAUACAGCCUUAUUGUAUGCAUGUGAAGUGUAUUUAGUAAGAGUUUUAUUGCAAGUCAAAUAUUACUGGCACUCCAAAAGUUUUCUUUUCAAAUGUAUGAUGAGCAUCAAUACUAGUGUAAAUUGUAUCGCUGUAUGGUUUUCAUUUAAUUUGCAGCCAGUAUUUCUCUGUUCGGUUCAAAGAAAGCCAAGUAGACAAAUUGUCAUUUUUUUUAAAUGCGUGUUGCAAUAAAUAGUACGGAGAUCACAUGGGUAAAUCACAUUCCAUUUAAGGGUCACAGUGACCUAUAUUUUGAAAGUUGCAUGUGUAAAUGAUGUGUAGUUGAAUAUUACAUUUUUUUUCUGGUCAGUCUGUCUUAUCGACACACGUCUGUUUCUGCGUCUUCAUGGAGUAGACUACUGUAUAACGUUUUUAUUGUACAUGAUACUCAAAAAAAGGUCAAAUUCAAAACAUUUUCUAAAAAUAACCAUGAUAUGUAUGAAUAUUUUGAAUAUUGUGAACUUGCAAGUCAUAUAUACUCGAUCUUUUAAGAAAAGACUAGCAUGUUAUGCUUAGGUUCUGGUUAGUAGUUCUAAGUGGUUAAGGUCAUUACAGCAAUAACGCCAAAUGUUUUGCAGAUCACUGGUUGUUUCCCUUGGUGAGCAUUGGCGCUGAAGUCAAAUUCAAGGGAGGUAAUGCUGUCCAGAAUAUUUUUCUUUUCAAUAGUGCUGUAAUACUUGUUACUUGUGCCAUUGGUGAUCUGAUAAACAUAUUUUAUAACACGGGGUUGAACAGAUCUUUUCCCUCUCUGACUUCUGGAUUGAAAUAAAUUUGAAAUAAAAUUUAUGUUAGGUUACAACAAUUAUGAAACAAGUUAUUUCAACUUAUAUUCAUAACUCUUGUUGGCCCAGACGUUGGCGCACGGGGGGUCUCAAUGUUGGAGGAAACGAGUGUACCCGGAGAAGACCCACGUGGUUGGGAAGGUGACCGGCACCCUACAUUUCCUUGUCUGAUCAGAGAAUUGAACACCGGCUGCCUUGGUGAAACUUGGUGCACUAUCCACUGCGCCACUCCAAAUUUUGAAUUUCCAGAUCACCGUGAAUAAGGCUGCCUUAUGCUUUGCUUUUUUUAUUGUACUGACUUAAUUUGUUUCUCAGGGAACGUCUAUAUGAAAUAGUUGUCAUCAAAGAAAAUAACCCCUGUAUAAAUAUUCUAUACAACUUUGCAGCGGGCAUUUUCCAUUUAGUCUAAUACUGUCUACUUUGUCAAACUCAAGUCCAUGUUGAUAACACAAUAUUUUAAGUGCUAUAUAAAGAUAUACUAGGUGCUCUUCAAAUUUGUAAGCUUUAAGUAAAUAUGUUGUGUAAGUUCGAGGGUGAAUUUAAGUUCUGUAAGUUCUGCAAGGCAUUGCAUAUAUAUAAAGGCAAUGCAUACGAGAUUUAUGUAAAACUGUCGCUUUUACCGAUAAACUAGAUUGAAUUUAGUGCAUAAGCUUGUUGAAUAGAAACUCUUUACACCUGUGACGAAGUGGUCCCUUGAUUUAUAUAGUAUGAGAUAAUCUGAUUUGUUUUUACUAAAUAUCACAAAACACUUCUUAAAUCCUGCUGUUUAAGUAAUGUGCAUUAUGAGAGAAAAAAAUAAUGAGCACAGAGGAAACAUCAGCAAUCUUUUCGUUUUAAGCGUGGAAUGGAGAGGUCUUCACCUCAUCAACAAUUUUAUUUUUUCGUCAACGAUUUGGCAAGCUACGUCUUCGACAGAAAAGAAUUAAGACCCGUGCAGUUGAUAUUUCUCUGGCUAACCAGUCCUAGUAAAUUCCAGCAAGUAUUUUAAAUUAAUUUGUGGCAAAGAUAUAUGUAUAGUUCAAUAGAUAAAACAAUGUUGAUUUAAUGAAUUAAACCAAAACUCUUGGUUACCUUUUUUUUUAGCAGAUUUGUAUACAGCAAGAAAUUUAACUUUUACAAAAAAAACACCACUUACAGUUUAUUUCCAUUGGCAGAUUUUCUUUACAUGUUUUUUCAUCUGUAGGAGGUCAGAUUUGUGCACAAAUUUAGAAUUCUAUUGUAAUUAGAAAUAUCGAGGCUUGUAAUGGCCGUUCAGUCCCAUUUGGUAUCGUAGUGAUAUAUUUGUAGACAGUUGCAUUUAACAUCUGUGUAGACCAGUAAAACUGGAAAGUGAAAGUAACGGUUGUUGGUUACCUCUUAAAAAGUAAUGGAUUUUGAAUAUUAUUUUCUUUUACAUAAUUUGUUCAGUUUGUGUCCCAAUGAAUCUACCAACAAGAGCAGUAUACGAUGUAAUAGAAUGCUAAGAUCUUUCUCUCCACAAACAUACAAAUUAGUUAAAACACUCCCCGACUGAAUGUGUUUAAGAUUAAAAUUUGGCUGUUUCUUUUCUUGAGAAGAUUGGUAGGCAUACUAUUGGUUUGAAUAAUUGAUUGGUGGGGGAAACUACAUCAAUGGAAAAAUGAGUGUUUUGAGUGAUAUUACAUUGCUAAAGGAAUCAUUUGUACAAUCUAGACAUACCUUAUAUAUGAUACAUUGUGUCUCUGCAGAAAUCCUAUUUUUGCUCGGUGUUUAUCCCUAAUUGUGCCUCCCCGGGCCCUGGUUCGCAAACUUUCCUGAAAUUUUAGCACACGAAAAAAAGAUUUCAGAUAUCAGGGCUGUGAUUCUACCAAAUCUAUUUUCUUUGCCAUUUAUUGUAAAAGGCUUCUACUUAAUGUGUGAGUAUGAGUAUGAGUGAUGGCCAAACCAGUUGUCAAGGCAACAGUAAACAGUCGGUUACCAGGGCCUCUUUUUUUUCUGCCUGAGGCACUGUAAAAGUAAUAUUGGAGUUAAAAAAUCACAUCUGUGUUUGGCAGACUUUCUUUCAAAUGUAAUUCACGGUAGUAGAUCAAUCUUGUAGAUCAUUGAAAUGUUAUGGUAAAUGUGGGAAGGUUAAACAACUUUGUCCCUUAAUUUGUGAAGAUUUGUGGAAAAAAACCUAAAAAAAACUGGGAAAUUAUUUUUAUAUUACCAACCAUUUUUUUUAUUUGAUUUGAAGUUGUUAAAAUGUAUCGUAAAAUGAGCCCUUCAUUAUACUGAUUGUCUUGUUGUCAGAGGUCAACUGUUUCUAUUGCCAUCAGGGCUCAAAAGUGUCCAGACCUUGGGAGGUGAGCUAGGUCCAACAGAUAAUACCUGUUCUAUGUGACUGAGGUCAAUAUAGCAUCGGCCAGGUUUGAUUCGGAGCUCAUCUUGAUCAAUCAAAGGGACUGCGUAUGAUUAGUCCCUGGAUUCUAUGCAGAAGUUGUGAUCGCACAUCGGUUUUCCGGCUAGACUUGUUACGAAUUUAUGACGGAAAGUUUGUGCCCCUAGUCUACAUACAUUAUGCAUUCUUUUGUCCACCUUGGUUGUCGGACACAAACAGUUUUCUGCAUGUGAUGUUUUCAGUUGUCUCGUACUCAAAACUGGCGACUUCAAAUUGGAAUAAAUGUAUGCCUUGCAAAAAUCAGUGCUGGCUUUCGGUUGAAUGUUUCAUUUUGAGGAGAGUUUUAUAUUCAUAUAUAUGUUGUCAAUGUUCAAAAUAUAAUGAUAAUUGUUGUUGUUGUUGCCAUUGAUGAAUUCGAAUAUACAAUAAUAAUUUGUACUGUGUUAGAUGGUAUGUUUUCUUGAUACAAUACAUAUGUAAUAUUUUGAGUCAUUGAACUGUUAUGUUGUCCUCUAGUGUGUUGCACCUGGGAAGUAAAUGUAGGCAUGAAUGGCGUGUGAAACUGAGUUUUCUGAAUGAUCCGAUGAGAAUCGCCACUAAAUCCACGCAUCUUGAUUAUUUCCAUGUUGAAGAUUCCUCUGAUUGGACGAGCGUUGCCAUGGUGCUUCUACCCGUUCAGUUGAUGUUUCGUUCUAUCCGAUGCGAAAGAAUGUUUCGUCCGAUUGUUUGGUUGUAGACAGCUCCUUGUGAUUAGUUGGGCUUUGUCUAUUGGUCACACCCUGGGGGAUUUGCAUCUCUCAGUACGGAUCAGAUGUGAUAUUAAGAUUGGCAUUUUGAUGUAGCAUUCAGGGAAUCGGGCCUCAAGGACAUAAUUCGUGCAGAUGUGUAACAAUUGGUGCCAUUGGUCAUAUGGUUAAGCUUGUAAUGAGGAGUGUGAUUGGUUAUAAAGCUUGUAAUGAUGGACGUGAUUGGUUAUAAUUGUAGAGUGUACAACAAUAAGAUUGUAAAGCAUGUAACAGUGGGUGUGAUUGGUUAUAUGAAAGUGUAACAAUGAUUGUGAUUGGUUAUAUGAAAGUGUACCAAUGAUUGUGAUUGGUUAUAUGGUAGAAGCAUGUGUUAGCAAUCAUUGUGAGUGGGUUACAUGCUUGUAUAUGGUAGGCUUGUAAUAGUGAAUGUGAUUAUUCGCUAGAACUUGUUUCUGUGUUCAUGGAGAUUGGUUGAAUGCUUCUAGUGAGAAACUAUUUAUUAAAAUGUACUAUGUGAGUUGUAUAUAAUUGUUCAGCAGUUUUGUACUGUAAGAAAGAGAACAGAUAUUUUUGCAUUGACAUGUCUAGAUAGAAGAAGUCCUGUGCCAGCGUUUGUCCUGGAAUGUAUCUUUUGUGUAUCCAUGCAGCAAGACUCGGUCAAUACGAUCUUGUCAGUAAUCUCUAUUGUGCAUAACUUGCACACAGGGGGGCAUGGCUCAUUCUAAGAAUCAAAAAAGUCCUGUGGUAUCUUGAAUGUUUUUCUUUCCUUCUCUCUUCUCUCUGUCUGUCUCUCUCUCUCUCUGCUUUCCUUUAAACAUAUUCAGGACUUUGUUUUCUUCCAGCCUUGUUAUUUUAACGGCCUACAUAAUCAUCCAAUAUUAUUCUCGCCCCACAUGAUUGCUCAAUCUGUUUUCAUUUAUUUUUUAAAUUUAUUUCUCGGUCAAAUUUAUAUCUUUUAUAAUCGAAAAUAUGAAGAACUGGAUUAUACCAACUGCUAUCUAAAAAGGGCUUGGGAGAUUUUUAGUCCAAAAAAAUUAAGAUAUUUGUGUAAAACUUUGAAUGAAUUGAAUAAUUAUUGGUAUUAUUGAAAAUGAAUAUGCCAUGUUGAUGCAUGCAUGCCUUCAAGAUGGAUAGUUUGACUGCAGUACAUACACAACAGUUUUGAAAAACAUACUUGGUGUUAUAAUGGUAAGUGAAUCGAGCAGUUUUGUGUAUAGAAGGUCCCACAUUUCCUGGUUAGAGAAAAUAGACCAUUAUGUUGUAAAAUUUAUGAAAGCAUGGGAUAUAUAUCAAAAACUUGUCUCGAGAACCAUCUAGACAGGAGAAUGUCAACAACAGAUUUUGUGAUGUGGGGUAUAGAUUAAGCUUGGCGAGAAGUAGUUGCCACCUGUUACUAUGUUGUUUUUAUGUACUUUUUAACACGAUUUUAAUAUGUAAAUUGUUCUUUGGUGUGCCUGAAGCCAGUUUUUUUGUUUCGUUUUUAGUUAUCGUUCAUUUUAACCUUGCCAGUGAAUUUAAAUGUCAUUCAGGGUGCUGGACUGGCUAAGCCAACCAUCUCGCUCAAAUAUUUCUUGCAAAGAAAAAAAAAAAUGUUGUCAAAAUCUGAUAUAUUCCCUUAGAAGGUAACUAAGUGGAGUGAUAUUUAAUAUUUAUAGUCAUAUUGCUUUUGUGUUUUGUAAGAAGUUGAAGAAAAGAAUGUGUCAAAUGUCAUUUGUUUUGUAUUCCGACUAAUUUGGUAAAUUGUGUAUAGCCAUGACGAGGUGCACCGGUACACCGACAGACUGGAAACAUUACCUGCGUAACUCAUUCACCCCCUGAAAUUUUAUGAUGAACUAUUUCAACCUUGAAUUGGAAGAGUUCAAAUGUGUCUUCAGGGGUGAAUGAGUUUAAAGGAAAAUACACACUAUUCUUGUGUUCCUUUCAAAGGUGUCUGGUUGGAUAAUUAUUUUUUUCCGGACAUUAUGUUCAUACUAAUAUUUUGUUUUCGUGUAUUUUUCUAAAUUAUGGAAAAUGUUGGACAUUUCAUGCAUAAAAUGCUAUCUGCAAUUACGAUUAAAUUAUGGUACAAUUUUUAUCCCUUUUUUUGACAAAUUAUUGACAUUACAAAGUUUUACAUUUGGCACGACCAUUUUAGUUGAAGUAGUGGUAUUCAUUAUUUCAUCAUUCAGUUUGAUUAAGGUCACACACCUGUAUGGCGCUCGUGUGAUCUAAAAGAUAGAAUCCGACCCUUUAAGUUCACUGUAAGCUUCAAUCUUCAAACGCUUACAGGAAGGUUGAUGAAAGUAGGAGUUCAGUUUCAGGCAAUUUGUAGGGAAGUGAAAAUAGUUUGAAAUUAUACAAAUAAAAUCUCUUUUUUAUAAAAACA